GUUGGGUCUCCAUAGAAGUCGCUGUAACUUUGGCGGUGAUUAGUGAAAGAAGUUUAUCCAAAAUGCGCACAUUUAUUUGCCUCGUCCUGGCGGUCCUUGCCCUGGUCGCCAGCACCAAUGCGGCGGCCACCUCGCUGCUCGAUGUGGAUGCAGGUGUCUCGGCGCCGGUUGCUGCGCGUCAGGCUCGUCAGUUUGGCGGCUUCGAAAGAAGACGAGAGGGCGGUUUCGGCGGCGGUGGCUUUGGCGAUAGACGCGAAGGCGGCUUUGGCGGCGGUGGCUUCGGAGAUAGACGCGAGGGCGGCUUUGGCGGCGGUGGCUUCGGAGAUAGACGAGAAGGCGGCUUUGGCGGCGGUGGUUUCGGCGGUCCCGGUGGCGGCUUUGGAGGACCCGGAGGCUUCGGCGGAGGACAAGGAGGCUUUGGCUAUGGUCGCUAAACACUCCGCCCCACCAUCAUCACAAUCCGUGACGUGACUGACUUGUGCUAUAGCCUAGAAUAAAAUAGAAUAGAAUAGAAUAUAAUGUGAAAUCAUAGUGUAAUCGAGCACGUUUUAAUUGAGUUGGAAAUACAUCUGCCUACUCUUUGACUCA